AUGCUCGGACAUCAGCUGAUCAUUGAUCUUGCCCCAGUGACUAUCAGCCGCGCCGCGUCAAUAGCCGCAAUGCCCCGCCCGCUCUAUCUCUGGGAACCGACUAUAGUUUAUCUCGGUACUUCACAAAGAUUCAAUUCAGGUCGGCGGAUCGAGGAGGAAUGCGUAACUUAUCAUCUUCAAAUUGAUCAAAGCAUUGAAGAUCGAUCAGCCGCACCGCGUGCAGUACAAAGGAAGUUAUGUAGAGAAGCUGCGCAAUUGUUCGAGCAUCAUGGUGCAAUAGUUGCUCCGCAGCAGGACUAUGAGGUCUUUGUGAUUGUUGCUCGCUGCACAUUUCUAGAGGGGAAAGAAUUUCUUGAUUGGCUUCGUAAUAAGUUUCUUAAGAUAGUUGGAACGAACCGUGCUGAUACCCAAAUGAUCGAAAAGUGUCUUCAUUACACUCUGACCCUAUGGUUGGCACCUCAUCAUUAUUACACUGUCGGCAAAACUCUAGUUACAGGCCUAAUUUUUGGUGCAGUUGGUCCAAAGCUGAUCAGACUA